CAAUAAAGGUGCUGACUCGGGUCUGCCCUCCUGCCAGACUGAUGUUGUAGAUCUCCAUUUGGCUGCUCGAGUUAUGCAUGAACACACGAUUGUUCUCGCAUGAAACAUCGAACCCUUCACUGUAGAAGCAACCUUGACCGAUGCCGAAGGGGUAUGGGAUGGUGAGGUUGCCGCAUGUUUCUUGGCAUCCAGGCUUCGCCAUCCUGGAUGCUGUGCUGCUCUUGAUGCUUGCUAGCAGCAGCAGGGUGGCUGCAAAGAUUAGCCAUGGUGAUUGAGCCAGGAAGAUUCUUGUCGACCCAGGGUCAAGACAGCGAACGUGCAUGAAAGGAAGUUUCCCUGAUGUGACAUGUAUCUGCAAUCGGGUCAAGUCGUUAAAGGGAGUCUUCCAAAGGACAAGAAGGCAAUCUAAUGCACAUCCGGGUUCACGACAGCGAAGGUGAGCUAAUUUUGCGUCCCAGCAUUUCAUUAGACUGGUAAAGGGUUAGGAUUAUUCCCUUGGACUAAUUCUGCCGUCUGGGUUGAUUUAAUCUGAGAGCAGAUUUGCAGCUCAGGUUUGUCCUUGAAUGUAUGCUCGACCAAUUUUCUGUUCAAUGCUAUGCACUGUUGGAGUGUGAUUUCUUGUUACAGGGAAAAAUUACUACCUUCACAUCUAUUUAGAAAAGGGUAUAAGGCAAGGACUACCUGUGUUUUCAAAGGGAAAAAACACACCAUGAAAGCCACUGUAAGUUAAUCUUUUCUUAUGGCCGUCGCAUGUGCAAGGAAGGGAUGUGAUUGGGCUUGGUGUGAUUUUUUUAGACAUGUGACACCUGUCCUCACUGCCAUAUGCGGUAGAGUCGAGGAACGAGAAGCUGAACUGAUUUUGUGUCACGGCCAUUGAUUAGACCGGUGAAGGGAUAGGUUAUUCUGUGAAUCCCUUGGACCAAUUCAUCCCUGUCAUUCGAGUACUCGACUUGGGUGUGAGCAUAUUUGCACCUUAGGUUUGUUGUCCUUGGGUUUAUGCUCGAGCAAUUUACAUUUUUCUGCACUAUGCACGUUGGAGUGUUACUCUUGUUGUUUAAGAUUUGUUAUUUUUACUAUUUUAACACGUGUAGAGAAAAGGGCAAAGUAAAGGAUUAUUCGUGUUAACUUUUGAGAAGAAAAGAACAAAACAUGAAAGCACCAUAAGUUAGUCCCGCUCGAUAGAUCUUGGCCGUCGCAUCCGCAAGGAAGGGAUAUGAUUGGACUUGGUGUGUAUACUUGGCACAUUUUUAAGAAGGCCCUGCAAAAUGUCCAGAAUGCAGCAAGAAGUGUCAUCACAUUGCUCUCAGUCCAAACCACCAAAUUAGGGUUUCCAAACCUAGCGGCGACAGAAUGGGCGGCGGCGGCGCGCCGUACCCAUGCGAGACCCGAGUGGAUGAGCACGUACGCCAGAAAAUGGCCUCGUUGCCAAUCCCCGACGAUCUCGUAGCGGACAUCUUCCUUCGCCUACCCACACCAGCCGACCUCAUCCGCGCCGCCGUCGGCUGCAUCUCCUUCUACAACAUCAUCACCAACCGCUCCUUCCUCCGCCGUUUCCGCAAGCUCCACAACCCGCCCCUCCUCGGGUUCCUCGACAAUCAUCGAGUCUUCCACCCUGCCAGCCCGCCUCACCCCUCCGCGCCGGCAGCCAGUGCCGUCGCUGUUGCCGCUGACUUUUCCUUCUCUUUCCUUCCUGGCGCCAGCCACGACUGGGCCAUCCAGGACAUCCGCGAUGGCCGUGUCCUCCUCAACAAAAUCCAUGAGGCUGGUAUCGGUCAGAAGGGGAGAAUCUUCGAGGAGAUGGUGGUGUGCGACCCCCUGCACCGGCGGUAUCUCCUGCUCCCGCCAAUCCCCGAGGAUCUAGUAAAUCCAGUGGAGGAUCCACACUUUACGGAAGAGGCAUAUUAUUUGUACCAGAUCUUCCUUUUGCCUCCCUGCGAUAAUGAUGGGGAGGCAACAGCUGUGGAAGAGACGUCAUUUAGAGUGGUUUUGAUGGCAUGGUGUGAAACUACGAUGGUUGCCUUUGUCUUCUCUUCUAGUACCAGACAAUGGCGAGCCAUUCCAUCCCUGGGCUGGGAUACUUUAGUUGCUAACUUGCCACUGAGAGGGUAUUGUCUCUUCGCCGCACGCCAAUACGCGCAUGGCUGUUUCUACUGGAUGUUACAUCUGUGCAAGAAAAUAUUGGUGCUUGACACUCGGAAGAUAGAGUUCUACAUUGCUAACCCCCCACCUCAAGCAAUAUCUUUUUCUUUUCUGGAUAUAGCCAUUGUGGAGGCAGGGGAAGGUAGAGUCGGGAUGUUUGUGCCAGGAGUAGGCAGAAAUGGACUUGAAUUCUAUACAAUUUGGAGAAACAAUGGUGGGACUUACAUGCAGUGGAAGUUGGAGAAGACGAUCUCAGUUCAUUUUUUGCACUACUCUGCGGGUUCAAAUGGGAAACACUUGUUCAUAUAUGAUGUGGAAAGCCCGUCGCUUGGCUAUGGUUGUUUCUCACUAGACUUCAAGACAUUCCAGCUUAAAAGGGUGUGUUCUUCAAAGACAUGGAUCCCUAAUCCGCUUGCAUAUAGCAACUUUCCACCAUCAAUUUUGGCAUCACCAACAAUAGCAAGUGGUACUCAGGAAGGUGAGAAGGAGAUGCUGGAACAAGACACGGAAACGCAGCAAGCUGAAGAACAUGUGGACAGCCAGCAUGGUGGGAGCGCCGGUGAUGGUGUUGAUGCUGGAGGUCACCCUGGCAUGCCGAGGAUCAGAGAUGGCGCUGAUUGAGUUUGUGCUGCAACUCAGACAGCUGACCACAUGUUGGGGUCUGUAAUAGGCGGCUCUGUUUGGUCCGUAGUAAUUGACCUGGAGUUUAUCUUUAUCCCGUGUGCUUUCGAUUUGACUUGAAGUUUAUCCUGUGUGCUUUCAAUUUGACUUGAAGUUUAUCCUGUGUGCUUUCAAUAUGACGAUGGUUGGUGUGUUUGCCGCAUAAAGACCAUGUGAGUAGUCAAAAGUGAUCAAUUUGAGUUUGUGAGGUAUUUGCAACUAA